CUUCGUAAAGGUCUAUCGGGGGCAUUCAGGAUGUUUUCGAAUGUAGUCGUGUUCUUGUAGUUAUAUUAAAACACAAUCGGAUGAGUUGUUGAUCUUCUGUUUUAGUUUUUAAAUAGUAAACUACUGCCUUCUGUACGGGUAGAUGUCAACGAGCUCUGCCUUUUCGGUUUCCUCCCCGGAGCCGUUCUCAUCUCUCUCUCUCAACUAAGCGCGAGGGAGGAAAAUCAGCCUUCUGGUCUGGUCUGAGGUGACUAGAUGCAAAUAUUUACAGCGUGUUUUAACCAUUCGAAGAGGAUCAGGAGGGGGUGAAAGAACGAAAACAUAUCGGAUUUGGACUAAAUUAAUCAUUGUCACAUAUCACAGGAAAAAAGGAAUUAACCCAGCACUUCCAACUGUUUGGAUGCGGAUUUUCAGCUCGCUAAUGUCCCGUGAUAACGGCAGCAACCGGGUCUAUUUAUGAGUACGGGUUUUAUGCGCUGUCUUUUUAAAGUGUUAUAGCCUAUAUCUUUUUUUCCUUGCGGAUUUUCAAACCUAUCCUUGAAGCAGUGAGAGCUUUAGGGCAGGAGAGUGGGGACGUGUGGAGACGAUACUCCUCAACGACAAAGCACACAAGGAUUCUCUAGUCUUUUUACCCUGACGCCACCUGACAGAUUCGUUUUCCAAAGACAACCUUUAGAGUAAAAUUGUGUUAGAGAUACGAGGGGAAACGAUUCUGAAGCACCAUUCCAACGGAUGACAGAGAGCCAGGUGUGUGUAAUGUGUGGGAGUGUGUGAUGUUGAGAUCGGUUCCGAAGCUGGGUGGACACCACUAGACGACCUAACGCCUCUCUCACACCCCAACAUGGAGUAGAGCCCCACGUCUCUGGACAUCAAAGGUGGCAGUGACGAGGGGUAUCCCCGGGAGAGGACCCAUGAGGAGGCAUAGAAGAUGCUCGCAGCCUGGGCGCCUCUGCUCUUCUUAGCAAUGUGGGUGAGAAGCUCUAUCUGCGGCCCGCUCUCCUUCAGACUAGCUGCCAUCCUAGAUGACCCGAUGGAGUGCAGUCGUGGUGAGCGUCUAGCGAUCACUCUGGCCAAGGAGCAGAUCAACAGGUCCAGCAACCGCUCUACCACCGGCAAGCUGGAGGUGGACAUCUUUGAGCUGCUGAGAGACAGCGAAUAUGAGACGGGAGAGACUAUGUGCCAGAUCCUAUCCAAAGGGGUCGUGGCAGUACUGGGUCCCUCGGCCAGCCCUGCUUCCAACUCCAUCAUCAGCAAUAUCUGUGGAGAGAAAGAGGUGCCAUAUGUGAAAGUAGCCCCCGAGGACAUCCUGAAGGUGCAGUUCCCACGCUUCACCACGCUGGACCUGCGGCCGACCAACACGGACAUCAGCCUGGCCGUCGCUGGAAUACUCACCUUCUUCAACAGCACCACCGCCUGCCUCAUCUGCGCACAGGCCGACUGUCUGUUAAACCUGGAGCGGUUGCUGCGGCAGUUUCUGAUCUCCAAGGAGACGCUGUCGGUUCGGAUGCUGGACGACAGCCAGGACCCCACGCCGCUCCUGAAGGAGAUCCGUGACGACAAGACGGCCACCAUCAUCGUGGACGCCAACGCCACCAUGUCACACAUCAUCCUGGAGAGGGCAUCAGAGCUGGGAAUGCUGUCUGUCUAUUACACGUACAUCUUCACAUCACUGGAGUUCUCCAUGCUGCGGCUGGACGACGUGGCGGACCAGCGGGUCAACAUCCUGGGCUUCUCCGUCUUCAACCACACACACCCCUUCUUCCAGGACUUCCUGCUCAGUCUCAACCGCUCCUGGCAGGAGAACUGCGACCACGCGCCUUUCGCCGGAACCCCGCUCUCGUCAGCGCUGCUGUUCGACGCGGUACACGCUGUGGUGGCGGCGGUGCAGGAGUUGAACAGGAGCCAGAACGUGGGAGCAACGCAGCUCUCCUGCAAGUCCUCCAAGAUCUGGGAGCACGGGACCAGCCUCAUGAACUACCUGAGGAUGGUAGAACUGGAAGGUCUAACAGGCCACAUUGAGUUUAAUAGCAAAGGCCAGCGGUCCAACUACGCCCUCCGAAUCAUGCAGAAUGGCAAAGAUGGCCUAAGGCAGAUUGGACAGUGGCAUUCGGAGCAGGGGUUGUCCAUGGAGAGAAAGCUACCGUCAAUCAACGUGACCGACACGCUAUUCAACACUACACUUACUAUCACCACCAUCCUCGAGAAUCCAUACGUGAUGCUGCGUCCGAACCACCAGGAGAUGGAGGGAAAUGACCGGUACGAGGGCUUCUGUGUGGACAUGUUACGAGAGCUGGCGGACAUCCUCAAGUUCAACUACCGCAUCCGGCUCGUGGCCGAUGGCGUCUACGGCGUGUCGGGCGCCAACGGUACCUGGACGGGCAUGGUGGGCGAGCUCAUGACCAGGAAAGCAGACUUGGCUGUUGCUGGACUCACCAUUACUGCGGAGAGGGAGAAGGUCAUUGAUUUCUCCAAGCCCUUCAUGACCUUGGGGAUCAGCAUCAUGUAUCGGGUGCACAUAGGACGGAGACCUGGUUAUUUCUCCUUCCUGGACCCUUUCUCCCCCGGUGUUUGGCUCUUCAUGCUGUUGGCCUACCUGGCUGUCAGCUGCAUUCUCUUCCUGGUGGCCAGACUAACUCCGUAUGAGUGGUACAAUCCCCACCCCUGCCUGAAGGGGCGCUGUAGUCUGCUGAUUAACCAGUACUCCCUGGGCAACAGCUUCUGGUUUCCCGUGGGGGGGUUCAUGCAGCAGGGCUCCACCAUCGCCCCCCGAGCCCUCUCCACCAGAUGCGUCAGCGGCGUAUGGUGGGCGUUCACCCUGAUCAUCAUCUCCUCGUACACGGCCAACCUGGCGGCCUUCCUCACCGUGCAGCGCAUGGAGGUGCCCAUCGAGUCCGUCGAUGACCUCGCUGACCAGACCGCCAUUGAGUACGGCACCAUGCACGGAGGCUCCACCAUGACCUUCUUCCAGGUGUGUGUGUAUACCUUGAUCCAGGUGUGUGUGUGUGAGUGUGUGUGUGUGUGUGUGUUGUUUGUGAAGAGCACAGAAGAGGGCAUCGCCCGCGUGCUCAACUCCAACUACGCCUACCUGCUGGAGAGCACCAUGAGCGAAUACUACUACCAAGCGCCAACUGCAACCUCGCAUGGUCGAGGCCUGCUCGACACCAAGGGCUACGGCAUUGGCAUGCCAUUGGGGUCGGUGUACCGGGAUGAGUUUGACCUGGCCAUCCUGAAGCUGCAGGAGGACAACCGUCUGGAGAUCCUCAAGCGGAAGUGGUGGGACGGAGGCAAGUGUCCAAAGGAGGAGGACCAUCGAGCCAAAGGGUUGGGCAUGGAGAACAUCGGUGGGAUCUUCGUGGUGCUGGUGUGUGGUCUGCUGGUGGCCAUCUUCAUGGCCGUGCUGGAGUUUGUGUGGAUGCUUCGCCACGCGCCGGGCACUGAGCUGUCGGUGUGUGAGGAGAUGCUUCGUGAGCUCCAGGGCAUCGUCCUGUGCCGAGACAGCCUGCAGCAGCUCCGCCGUCGCCGUGGCGCCAGCAUGCUGCGGCCGCGCCCCCUGCCCCUGGACGAGCGUCGGGCACGCUCCGCCGCCGCUGCCGCCGCCGCUGCCGCCAGCCUGAGCAACGGCAAGCUGUGCGCGGGCACCGGGCUGCCCGAGCCCCUCUCCCACAGACUGGCGCAUGAGGCCGCCCUGGUUGCCCGCGGCUGCAGCCACAUCCGCAUAUGCCCCGAGUGCCGGCGGUUCCAGGGGCUCCGCGUGCGGCCGCCCGGGGUCUCCCCCGCACACAGCGAGGAGAGCUUAGAGUGGGAGAAGACCACCAACAGCAGCGAACCUGAAUAACAACACAGACAGACAAACACACACAUACAUACACACCUUCACAUGCUCACUCAAACACACACACACACACACACACACACACACCUACAUCUACCCACACACACACACACACACACACACACACACACACACACACAGACGUUCAGCUCUGCCCCAACUGGAAACUGACCCCAUGCUGGUGCAGGGGAGUGGGGCCGUUAUGUAGUCGUUGUCGUCGUUGUUGCUACAGUGCUGGCUGGUUCAAGCUGGAGAGACAGGACCUCCGCGGAGCGCCGCUGUUAUCUAAACGCAGCACUGUUGGACCGCAGGAGCACACACGUCUAGUGGAUAUACUCUUUUGCUACGGCACUCCUGUGUGGAAUAUCUGUAUGGAGAGCGCAGCACGGAGACUGGAGAAUUGUGGGAUAUAUGCACAGUGACAGGAGGAUAGUCUUUCUGCAGACUCCUUUCCCUUGUGUCGCUUCGUCAAACAUGACUCCAGGCUUGUUUUGGAAGGGCAUUGUACUAUGCAGUAAAUUUGUCUUUGAUUGUGUCGA